GUUAGUCUCUGUUUCAAGAGUUAAGUAAAAUUGCUCAAGAGACUCCUUAUUCUUUUUUCUUGUUUUACCUCUUAGUGUAUUAGACUGGACUAUGUUUGUGUAUUAUACAUUAUUCGGUCCUCUGGUGUACUGGGCAUUUCUGAAAGACUUCUUCGGAAGGUGAGUCUUGAUAUCGAACGCGCACUGAAAAUAUCUUUUUCGGUUUUGCCAGUCGACGAUAAUUAAACCUGACCCACGCAGAUAGGCGAUUACUACAGUCGGCUGUAAAGGUGAUGUUACACGGAACGAUUCGCAACGACGAUGUUUUGCGCAACACAGCGUUGCAAUACUGGAACAAUGUUGUAACUAUUCGAAACAAUGUCGCAACAAUGUUGCAACACUGUGCUGCGCGUAAAAAUCGUCGUUGCGAAUCGUCCCGUGUAACAUCACCUUAAAACCUUUGUGAAUGAAGUUGGAUAAAUUGAGUGGGAUCCACAAGAUUGUUUCGUUUGCAACUUUUUUCCAAUCAUCGUUCCUUAAGAUGCUUCUUUUCCGCGGUGAAUCCUUUUCCAGUGCAUUGUCGUCAGUCGGCAUCCAACAGCAGGCAUAUUGUAAUGUGUAUUUAAAAACAAGUAUCCGUGUUGCAGUCUUAUAUGGGUAGGGGCAGACGAGGGGAUGUAGUACAACUGAAGCAAAGGGUCCCGCCCCCUGCAGAGACCUUAGACUGCCACGCAAACCGGUUCUCUGGGCUCUUCCUCUAGUUUUGCUGUAUUAAUUAUACUCGCGUAUCCUGGCCUCAAAGGGACAGGUUCAUGGUUCAGCUCAUGCUCAUUCAUUAAAUUACUUUUUUCCAAUUUAUCAUUAAUUCUAUGGAUUAAUAAUCCCACUCACGUGUAUCUCAGCGAUCUCAGGUGUAUUUCAAAGAAGUGUAUUUUAGAGUAACCUGAAGUGGGAUGGAGGAGUACUAAAGUCGCAGAAAACAUUAGUGGAUUAUGCCAACACUACCAAUGUUGAAUUUAUUGUUGACUCGAAGGUUUUAUUCCAUGGUUGAUUUAUUUUCAGCUAUUUGCACCUAAGUUAAAUGAUAUUAAAGAAUCUAAUUCUCUCCACUUAUUCAAAACGAAAUUGAAAAAAAAAAAUUAUAUAUGAAUUAUUAGUUACAAAUCUUGUAGUAAAUACCGUAUUUAUUCGAAUAAGCGCCCAACCUCGAAUUAGCGCCCACCUCGAAUAAGCGCCCAUCCUAAAGGCAGAAAAAGUUAAUAAGCGCCCAGCCUCGAAUAAGCGCCCACCCCACCACACCUUCCUCCCACUCCCACUCAAACUCAAAUUAGCGAGCACCCCUAAAAUUGAAUAAGUGCUAAUAAGAGACUUCCCAGGAACCUUGCUUUGGUACAUCUUCGCGUUUUGUUAUUACCAUUUAUUGUUUUGUUGUAAAAUACACAUACUACACUUGCUGAAAAUGUUGAAAAUUUAAUAAGCGCCCAGCCUCGAAUAAGCGCCCACCUCGAAUAAGCGCCCAGCGCCCACUCUCAAGAUCCAAAAAUUUAAUAAGCGCCCAGGGCGGUUAAUCGAAUAAAUACUAGUUAUAUUUCUUCACAUGUCUGAUAUUAUUUUUAUACUUAUUGUUAAAUGUACCAUACCUUAUAUUUUGUCAACUCAGUCUAUGUAAUUAGUUAAUUUAUACUUACCUUCAUUGUAUUUUACUUUCAAUCCUGGCCUGACUGUUACUGUUAACUUUAUUUUUACUCUGAGGGAGCCCAAUAUCUAUAAGCCUCAUGGUUUCUUUUUGGGCUUCCUCGCUACUUUCAUUUGCUUUUGUGUAACUGUCUUGUUUUAUCGUUAUUUGUAUUUUGUCGUAAAUCAAAUAAAGUUACAAAGUUGAUCAAGUGAUUGCCAGGGGAGUGUGCAGUUUGGUUCUUUGACAACAUUAUGACAUGAUCAUAAUGCUUUCAUAGACGAUACAGCAUGUCCCGGCAGAAAAACAGCAUUUUGAUUAACAAGCAUGCGCUGAACCAUGAACCUGUCCCUUUAAAACAUUAAUUGCCACGCCGAGAUUGCAGAUUUUGUGGUGGUGUUUUUUUGUUGUUGUUGUUUCUUUUUUUGUGGUGGUGGGAGGAGGGGGUUGGGGAGUGAAAUAGAACAUUAUUUUUCAUCAACCAAGGUGAUGAGGCCAAUAUUUGUAACCAUGGAGGGACUCCAUAUCUGACGCAAUUUUUGGGCUUGAAAAUUUAUCGUGUUUAAAGUAAUGCUCCAUACAUCCCCUUUCAAAAAAUUUUUGUUGAUGUGGUUGUUUGUUUGUUUGUUUUUCUAAUUUCAAUUUUUUGUUUUUAUUUUUUAUUACUCAUUAAUCAAUACAUCUUUUUCUGCAGGACGAAUUUCCACGUCUUCACUGUGGGCGAAACAAAUUAUGUGCGUCAACAUAUGCACACCAAUGAUAAUGAAUCUUCUGAUGAAUAUGCUUAGUUACCUGAAAAAGAGGCUUUACAAAGCAGUAGAUAAGUCAUGUUAUGGCGACCACAAAACUUCUGCUAGCAGGGUAGAAGAUUUGUGUACAUUCUCCGCGGAAACUUGAAGCUGCUAUUUGGCUUCUUUGUUUGUCAAGAAAAAUGACGAAGAAAUAUUUCAGAGCGAGAAAUUAGAAACUCACUAGCGAGAAAUUUGCUAGCGAGAUUUCACACAUGAUUAGCAGAACCUUGACACUCGAUAAUGAGAACUUGACAUUUGCGAUAUGGAACUCAACAUCUCUCGGUGAAACUCGACCAUACGUAAAUGCGCCAACAAUUUUUAUUAAUCAAUAGUGUUUACAAGAGUUUUGACAUUUUUGGCAGUAUAACGGCUUUCCAUAUACUCAUGCAAAAAAGGCGUAUGCAACAGAAAGCCAGUUCUGUUUAGCAGAUAAGAACAGUAGCAGCAUUUUUGAACCAUGAUGGUCUUUUAGAGACUACCACGAAAGUCUGCAUGAACCCACUGUGACAGGGAACCCAAACGUCGCGAAAACCUGAAAGAAAAUGUAGUUAUUGGGCUCCGUAACUUUUUCCUUGCAAUAACAUUCCACCACAACAAUAACAAUUAACAUUUCAGAAAUAUUUCUGCUGUUCAACGUUUUGUGAUUUUCACCACAAACGUUUAGGCAAUUCUAGAAACAAUUUUUUUAUAGCUUUUUAAUGUUAUUUGUCACGGUCUACAAGAGUUGUAGUAGCCUGCGUAGCAAGCGUUUCUGUGCUGUUUAGGAGAAAAGAACGAGGAACAAGAGUCAAAGACCGCGAGAAAAGUGGUUCUCGUUUCAUUUCUCGCGCGGUCAAAACCGAAAGUCCCCUUCCUCAGUAUUUUGCUCGGAAACCAAAGGGAAACGCUUGCUACGCAGGCUAGAGUUGUACAGGGGCGCUGGUUUUAAACAAACUGGAAUGUUUAUCACGUUUAAAACGCUAGUAGCGUCUUAGUCUGCCGCCUCUCCUGGCUUCCUGCCAUUGGGACCCGGCAGAUUCGGCUGUACUCGCAAGCUAAGGGAGAGUUUUGAAAAAUGUUUAGCCUGUGUUUUUAAGUUAGCCAGCUCUAGCGAACAACCAUUGUUUGCAACGGUUGGAUGAUAAUCUUGCACGGACUACGAAAACGGCAUUUGGAGUGAUUUUCCUUUGGCCUUUAAAAAUGUUUUCUGAAAAAAAUGUCCGUUAUUUUGAUUUUGAUUUUGAUUUUUUUUAGAUUUUUAUAUCCUGUAAUUUGUAAGCCAAUUUGUAUUUAAUCUUCGCGCAUUCUGAGCCUGUUCACUAAACCAAACAUUGAAAUGUUGAAGGUCGUUUGUUGUAGUUUUCUUCGUCCAUCAUUACCCUCUUGUUUUGUUUCAUGGUCAAACGAAAAUUGCUAUUUAAAUCAAGUGAUUCACUGAUUUAGUGUCGUGUAGCAAAAUCUAACUUUGGCUAUUUUGGAUAACAAGCCCCACGUUCUUUAUUUUGUUUUAUUUUAUUUUUAUCUUUUAUUUAGGUAUUUUUUCAAACAGCCUUGUUCAUUUUUGAAUGAGGAAAUAGAUGUGGUGAUGCUUUGACACGUAAAUCGUACUGAAAAUACCCCUGACCACCCGUCUUCCCUUUUAUCCCCCAUAAAGAAUGGCUCGAUUAAAAUUAGAAUCAUCCUUCUUCGAUAUAACACAUCCUUGUUUGGGGUGCGGGAAAGAUAAAGAGCAAAAAAGAUUACAUAGAUGGAUUCUCGCAUUAUCUUCUCAGACUAAGAGUAUGCCUAGUAAAAUAGUUUUCGUUUAGUUAGUGUUGUUUAUUACAAUUUAUUGUGGUGAUAUAGUCCUAUGACGUUGAACAUAAUAAUCUCUGGUGGUCUUAGGCUUAAGGCUCUUGCUGUCUUCAAAAAUUCAAGAGAAAUCAAUAGCUCAAUAAAGUUGUACUUCUUUGACUGUUCAAACGAACACUCAUAAGACUAGAAUAAAAAUACAUUACACUUGAAAUCAAAUAAAUUUAUUUAAUAAAAUAAAUAUAUGUAACAGCCG